CGCAGGUUCAGUCCCGGAGUCCGGAGGACCCGCGCUCAGUCUUCCUCGCACCUUCACUCCUGGCCGAGUCUCCAGCUGGCGGCAGUGCAGUGGCAGGGUCCGACCAGCGGGCGAUCCUGGAGACCGGCGGCCUCGGGCGCCUUCACGCUGAGAGCGGAUAAUGCUGUGAGGCUGCUCCGCGCCAGCCCACUCGGAGGAUCUGCGCGUAACAGGCUAGGACUGCGUGCGCCCUCGGAGGCGUCGGUGCGGGGCGCCGAGCCCCCGGGCAGCGGCUGCGAUCUUUGGGGGCUGCUGGUAUAUUCAUGUUGUGGAAGGGAUUGGAUCUUGUAACCAGCUCAUCAGAAAGCCCCACUUGGCUGUAACUUCCGGAGGGAGGGUCUCUCCAACCUUCACCUCCAUUCACGGCCACUUCUGAAGCUACUUGAGGAAAAUGGUGUGACAGUUCCUACCGGAAAGGAUUGUCGGAAACAUAUAACCUCUGUGAAGAAAGUGGCCCUUUUUCCCUUUUGCAGAAGUGACAUUCUCAAAUUCCAAAAUGCCAGCCAAGACCCCAAUUUACCUGAAAGCUGCCAAUAACAAGAAAGGAAAGAAAUUUAAAUUGAGGGACAUUCUGUCUCCUGAUAUGAUCAGUCCUCCGCUCGGAGACUUUCGCCACACCAUUCACAUUGGCAAAGAGGGCCAGCACGAUGUCUUCGGAGAUAUUUCCUUUCUCCAAGGAAACUAUGAGCUUUUACCUGGAAACCAGGAGAAAGCGCACCUGGGCCAGUUCCCUGGUCAUAACGAGUUCUUCCGGGCCAACAGCACCUCCGACUCUGUGUUCACGGAGACGCCCUCCCCUGUGCUCAAAAACGCCAUCUCCCUCCCGACCAUCGGAGGGUCCCAAGCACUCAUGUUACCCUUAUUGUCACCGGUGACAUUUAACUCCAAACAGGAGUCUUUUGGGCCAGCAAAGCUUCCCAGGCUUAGUUGUGAGCCUGUCAUGGAGGAAAAGGCUCCUGAGAAAAGCAGCCUGUUGGAGAACGGGAGGGUCCACCAGGGAGAUGUCUCAUGGGGCUCCAGCGGGUCCGCAUCGCAGUCCAGCCAGGGCAGGGACAGCCACUCCUCCAGCCUCUCCGAACAGUACCCCGACUGGCCGGCUGAGGACAUGUUUGACCAUCCCACCCCGUGCGAGCUCAUCAAGGAAAAGACUAAAUCAGAGGAGUCCCUCUCUGAUCUCACGGGCUCCCUCCUCUCCCUGCAGCUCGAUCUCGGGCCCUCAUUUUUGGAUGAGGUGCUGAAUGUCAUGGAUAAAAAUAAGUAACAGGACACCUCCAGCAAUUUCUUUGGGAUAAAAGAUUAAAAAAAAAAAACAAACAGACACCCAACAACAGUGAACCACCGUUGAAGAGAAGAGCUUCGCUGGCUGUAUUUGCAGUUAUGUGAUGGGUUUUCUAAAAUAAUGUUCCUACAAAGUAUUUUUUUACCUUCUAUAUCUUAUUUGCAAAAACAGUUAAAGAAAAAAAAAAAAAAAGACCUGUCCUGGCAAAAAGAGAGAGUGAGUCAAUCAGAACCCAUUUUAAGCAGGCACGGCUGAUGCUCAGCUCACAUUUUUUUGCUUGUAGACACAUAGGAAUCUGUCUGGGCCAGGAUGGGCAGGAGCUACGAAGGGCUGCUGAGUCACAGGAACUUGACAAUACUCCAGCGUUUUCUGAGCAAGAGGAAGUCAAAAUUUAUUUAACACCUAAGCCUUUUUUUCUAGACUCUUUUCUAUAUUAUGUUGUUUGGGCUCACCAUAGCAGAUUCUUCAGUGUUAAAACUUUUCUCUGUUUUCACAUUUGAACAACUUUAUGGGUUUGGGGGAUUUUUCUUGUAGCUAUUAUAUCUCUCUAUAUAAUAUGUUGAUUUUGUGGAAUUUUGACUGUUGGCAACAUGUUGGUAAGACACAAGCAAAGUGUUACUGUAACUAAGUUAUUUUUAAAGUUAAAAUAUAUUUUUAUGUGCCUUUGGCUUUUUAUUGCAGAGUCUACAUUUUAUAGAUACUACAGCAAAUGUCAUUUGACUUGAUUCCAUUGUGGUUCCAUUGUAAGCUGCGUAUGUGUAUGUUUGGAAAAGUGUAUUCAUACUUUAGCUUUAUUUUCUUUUUUCUUCACCUGUUAAACUUUUCAUAGCAGCCAUCAAUGGAUUGUCAAGUGUAAAGGCACAGGUUACUCACGACGCUUCUGCAGAGACUGUGGGCUACACCACAUAAUGUUCUUUGGAAAUAUGGGUAUUUUAGUACAGUACAUACUUGCAUUACAUAGGUACUUCAUAC